CGCGCACACACUCGCCAUAAGCUUGCGCCGCUAACCUCAAUAACACACACACACUCUCUCUCUCGCUCUCUCUGCCAUAGGCUUACAUGACAACACUUUAUAUCUCCAUCUGUCGCCGAACGGGACCCGUAUUUCAGGUUUAUUGAACUUUAGCUCCCAGAUGAAGGCAAAAGAGGAGGGAUGCGCUGCUGUGCACGCGAGAGAAUAAAGCAGGAGUAACUCCGGGAUGGUUUGGAUGUAAAAUACUAAAGGUUUGAUGAUCAUCUGCUGCUGACUCGUGUUGUGUUUUGAUGAGUUUGGAGCUGAUUUCUCCUCGCACGAAUCCUUUACCGAACACGCUGGACUAUCAACGAGCAAAUAUGCGUUUGUUGGUUGGAUUUGUUUUGUCAACUUUUUGGCUUUGGGAUUUAGCGUCGCUUUCUCGCGUUUACACCAAUCACUGGGCUGUUCGGAUCCCCGGAGGAGCGGUACAAGCUGAUAAACUCGCCUCAAAAUAUGGCUUUACUAAUUUGGGUCAGAUCGGAGGACUGGAGCAUCAUUACCAUUUCCAUCACAGCAGGGUGGUCCGCAGAUCUACUUUUGCCACCAGAGGCGCACACAGCUUCAUUCACAUGGACCCCAAGGUGGUCUGGGCACAGCAGCAGGUGGUGAAGACGCGGGUGAAGCGCCUCGCCAGAUCCGACUCCAACCACAUCAGCUUCAACGAUCCCAAAUGGUCCAACAUGUGGUACAUUCACUGUAGUGAUAAAAACAGCCGCUGUCGUUCAGAAAUGAAUAUCCUCGGGGCCUGGCAGAGGGGCUACACAGGUCGAAACGUGGUUAUCACCAUCUUGGAUGACGGCAUCGAGAGGAAUCAUCCAGAUCUGGCUCAGAAUUAUGACCAGCUCGCCAGUUAUGAUGUGAACGGCAAUGACUAUGACCCGACGCCAAGAUACGACGCCACCAACGAGAACAAACACGGCACUCGAUGUGCAGGUGAAGUCGCUGCUGCCGCCAACAACUCGCAUUGCAUUGUGGGAAUUGCCUACAACGCCCGCAUAGGAGGUGUUCGGAUGCUGGAUGGAGACGUGACUGAUGUGGUGGAGGCCAAGUCUCUGGGAAUCCGGCCAGAUUACGUGGACAUCUACAGUGCCAGCUGGGGCCCCGACGAUGACGGGAAGACGGUGGACGGGCCGGGGCCGCUCGCCAAGCAAGCCUUUGAGCUGGGAAUUAAAAAGGUGACCACAGAUCUGCGUCAGAGAUGCACUGACGGACACACGGGGACUUCAGUGUCUGCACCGAUGGUGGCCGGAGUCAUCGCUCUCGCUCUGGAGGCAAAUCCUUUGAUAACCUGGAGAGAUGUUCAGCAUCUGCUGGUCAAGACGUCCAGACAGGCUCAUCUGAAAGCCAACGACUGGAAAACCAAUGCAGCCGGACACAAAGUCAGUCAUCUUUAUGGCUUUGGUUUGGUGGAUGCGGAGGCAAUGGUAGUGGAGGCCAAAAAGUGGAGAAACGUUCCUGCUCAGCACAUCUGCAGCAAAACCUCAGACCGCCGAACACGGUACAUUCGAGCGGAACAGAAGCUGAAUGCCAGCAUUUCCAGCAACGGCUGCAGGGAUCAGUCGGAGCAGACGGUGGUGUUUCUGGAGCAUGUGGUGGUUCGAGUCCUGAUUGUUCACCCGCGUAGAGGAGACCUGGAGAUCAACCUGAUCUCACCGUCAGGAACGCGCUCACAACUGCUGGCUCAAAGGUUGUUUGAUAACUCAAACGAGGGCUUCAGGAACUGGGAGUUCAUGACAGUUCACUGCUGGGGUGAGAAAGCAGAGGGAACCUGGACGCUGGAGAUCUCAGACUCUCCAUCUCAGCUGCGUAACCCGGAGGUCCUGGGUAAGCUGAAGGAGUGGACGCUGAUCCUGCACGGCACAUCUGAAGACCCGCAGCAUUCCCAGAGUUCUCAGCAGUCUCGCUCCAGGACGCUGGACAUCCCGACUGCAGGCCGAGAGCUGAAGAGCCCUGAAGCCCCGGAGCAUGAAGAGCAGGAGGAGGAGGAGUAUAACGGUCAGUGUCAUCAUGAGUGUGGGGAUCAGGGUUGUGAUGGGCCGGACGCUGACCACUGUCUCAACUGUGUUCACUUCAGUCUGGGGAACCUCAAAACCGGCAGGACGUGUGUGAGUCACUGUCCGCUGGGCUUCUUCGAGGACUCUGAUGCGCGCAGGUGUCGCCGCUGUAGCCGUGGCUGUGAGAAGUGUGUCGGCCGCGGGACAAUUGACUGCAGGUCCUGCCGGAGAGGAUUUUACUUCAACUCCAAGGAGAACACGUGUGUGGAGAUCUGUCCCACGGGCAGCUUCCACGACGACAGCCAGAGGCGUUGUGUGAAGUGUCAUGAAAACUGUUUGAAAUGCCUGAGAGACGCAGACAGAUGCACGGCCUGCAAGAAUGGCUUCAGUCUGGCAGGAAUGACAUGCGUUCCGGAAUGUGCCAAUGGAACUUUCUUUAACCUUGAGGAAAUGAAGUGCAGCCCCUGCCACAUCUCCUGCUCCACAUGCACAGGGCCGGGGCAGGAGGAGUGUAUUCAGUGUGCGCAGGGCUUCUUACAACAGGAGUGGAGGUGCGUUCGCUCCUGUGCUCCAGGAUACUACAGUGGAGAAGCUGCAGGAUUCACACAGAGGAUGUGCCGCAAGUGUGAGGAGAACUGUUUGAGCUGUCAGGGUCCCGGGAUGAGCUGUACGCAGUGUAAAGAUGGAUACAGCCUUGUGAGCCACACAUGCAUCGUCAACGCCACCUGUAAUAAUGCAGAUGAAGUUUUCUGCGAGAUGGUCAAGUCCAACCGGUUAUGUGAGAAGAAGCUCUUUCGUCAGUUCUGCUGCCGGACGUGUCUGAUGACCGCCGGAUGACCACAGCACCGUCCACUGGACCGACCCGCUUCGUCUUCACCUGUAUGAUCUAAUGUACAUUUCCAACUAGUUAAACUGUGAUUAUUAAUGACAGAAGUAAUACUCCUCAUUUCCUGAAAACAAAAACCCUGUCCGGGGUGCUGUCUGAUUUAAACGAGAUAUAUUUUUAAGAUCGUCUGUUUUUUAAACAUGCAGUACGUGUAUAAAUCGCUUCUUUUUUAUUCAAAGACAUCGCUCUGAAUUAUUAUGUAACUGUAUAUGAGAGAAUGAUCAUGCAAUUUUUCCCAGAGAGAGAGUGAUAACAUUGGUGGAUGACAGAUAAUGUUCAAAGUAAAGCUGCGAUGUUGAAGGGAUGUUGCUGUUGAUUUGCUUUGACACCAUCCACUUUUAUUCUUCAGUAGCAUUAAAGAAGGUCCUUGGUUAUUUAUACAAAAAAAAAAGGUCUGGUGAAAAAUAAUUCGAAAAAUAUAUUCUGAGAUGAUCCAAAUGCAUCGCUAUUUUCUCUUGAAUCCAUUCUGUGCUUUAGUUUUUUAAAACAGCAAAUUGCGCACUAGGCAAGUUUUUCAUAGCAGAUGACUGGGCUAGUUUUUUACAGCAAAUUGCUAAACUAGUUUUUAAUACAGAUGGCACUCUAGGCUAGUUUUUAAAUCACAGACAUCGCUCUAGGCAAUUUUUUUACAGUAAACAUCGCUUUAGGCUAGUUUUAAACAGCAGAUGGCACUCUAGGCUAGUUUUUAACAGCAAACUGCGCUCUAGGCUAGUUUUUAACAGCAGAUGGCGCUCUAGGCUAGUUUUUAACAGCAGAUGGUGCUCUAGGCUAUUUUUUAACAGCAAACGGCACUCUACGCUAGUUUAUAACAGCAGACGGUGCUCUAGGCUAGUUUUUUUUACAGCAGACAGUGGUCUAGACUAGUUAAUGACAACAGACAUUGCUCUAGGCUAGUUUUAAACAGCAAACUGUGCUCUAUGCUAAUUUUUAACAACAGAAGGCGCUCUAGGCUAGUUUUUAGCAGCAGAUGGCACUCUAGGCUAGUUUUUAACAGCAGAUGGCACUCUAGGCUAGUUUUUAACAGCAGACAGUGCUCUAGGCUAGUUUUAAACAGCAAACUGUGCUCUAGGCUAAUUUUUAACAACAGAAGGCGCUCUAGGCUAGUUUUUAACAGCAGAUGGCACUCUAGGCUAGUUUUUAACAGCAGACAGUGCUCUAGGGUAGUUUUUAACUGUAGACAAUACUCUAGGCUAGUGUUUAACAACAGAUAGCGAGGCUAGUCUUUAACAUGGAAUGUUGCUCUAUGCUAGUUUUUAACAGCAGACAGCACUCUAGGCUAGUUGUUAACAGCAGACAGCGCUCUAGGUUAGUUUUUAACUGUAGAUAAUACUCUAGGCUAGUGUUUAACAACAGAUAGCGAGGCUAGUCUUUAACAUGGAAUGUUGCUCUAUGCUAGUUUUUAACAGCAGACAGCACUCUAGGCUAGUUUUUAACAGCAGACAGUGCUCUAGGCUAGUUUUUAACAUCAAAUGGCAUGCUCAGCUCGUUUGUAACAGCAGAUAAUGCUCUAGACUAGUUUUUUUUAACCAUACACACAAAUGGAAAAGUGAUUGCGCAUGCAUCUAAUCAUAUAAAUUAGCGUUUUUAUGUCAUGAGAUUAUUGUAAACACAGCUCACUAUGAACACUGUCAUUUGCGUAAACCUAACGCAUGUUUUUGUUCUACAAAUGAUUCAUUUAUUUUCAUGUGUUAUGUGCUAGGAAUUGGAAGCAUACAGCGCUAUCUGCAGUUAAAAACUAGCUUAGAGCACCAUCUGCUGUUAAAAACUGGCUUAGAGCACCAUCUGCUGUUAAAAAGUAGCUUAGAGCGCUAUCUGCUGUUAAAAACUAGCAUCAAGCCCAAUCUGUUGUUAAAAACUAGCUUAGAGUGCCAUCUGCAGUUAUAAACUAGCUUAGACCAUCAUUUGCUGUUAAAAAUUUGCUUAGAGCGCUAUCUGCUGUUGAAAACUAGCUUAGAGCACUCUCUGCAGUUAAAAACUAGCUUAGAGCCCCCUCUGUUGUCAAAAAUUAGCUUAGAGCGCCAUCUGCAGUUAUAAACUAGCUUAGACCAUCAUUUGCUGUUAAAAAUGAGCUUAGAGCGCCAUCUGCUGUUAAAAACUAGCAUCAAACCCCAUCUGCUGUUAAAAACUAGCUUAGAGUGCCAUCUGCUGUUGAAAACUAGCUUAGACCAUCAUUUGCUGUAAAAAACUAGCUUAGAGCGCCAUCUGCUGUUGAAAACUAGCUUAGAGCACCAUCUGCAGU